AUGCGGAAACCAACAGCCUUCGCGUCGGUUCUCGCCUUCGCGGCCCCCAUACUUGGUCAACAAAUCUACGACAUCUGGGCGACGACGUGGGACAGAUCGAGCAUCUUCACGUACACGAAUCUCUCCCCGAACCCAAUAAACUUCGGCUCGCCAGGGGCCAUUGGCGACGCCGACAUCGACAUCACAGACGCCUCGACGUUCCAGUCCGUCUGGGGCUUCGGCGCUUCCCUGACCGAUUCGUCUGCGCUGAUCCUCAACAAUCUCAAGGCAAGUAACGCGGAUUCGAGCAGCUAUUGGAGCCUGCUCGAGUACCUCUUCGACCCGACGGAUGGCGCGAACUCCGCGGGCUUCUCAUAUCUGCGCAUCCCGCUCGGGGCCUCAGACUUUUCCGCUGGCCUUUACAGUUUCGAUGACACGAGCGGCGACACGUCCUUGUCCGGCUUCAACAUUAACAGGGCGCCCUCGUAUCUUUUCUCGGUCCUAAGUGACAUCCGGAGCAUAAACAACGUCCUUCGGAUUCACAUACUCCCCUGGUCGCCGCCGGGCUGGAUGAAGGACUCCGGGACUAUGAAUGGCGGGAACUUCCUAUCCAACUAUACUACAGUCUACGCCAACUACCUUCUGAAGUCCCUUCAGGGCUUCCAGAGCAAGGGCAUCUCAGUCUACGCUAUCAGUAUCCAGAAUGAGCCUGAGAAUAGCAACCCGACCUAUCCGACAUGCAAGGUCUCUGCAUCGCAGGAGGCGCAAAUUGGUAUCGCUCUGCGCUCAUUGAUGGAUAGUAAUGGAUUCUCCGGGGUGAAGAUAAUCGGAUAUGAGCACAACUGGAACGACGCGGCAGGAUAUCCUAUCACACUGAUGCAAGACGCCCCGAAUGCAUUUGCCGGUGUUUCGUUCCACUGCUACUCGGGCUCCGUGGACCAGCAAGACACGUUCCACAGCGCAUACCCUACCAAGGAGAUCUACUUCACCGAAUGCUCCGGUACGCAGGGCACCGACUGGUGGAGCGACAUCAAGUGGUACAUGCAAAACCUCUUCGUCGGGGGGAUCACGCACAACUCCCACAACGGCCUGAUGUGGAACCUCGCGCUCGACGGGAACGGCAGCCCGAUGCUCCCCGGGACGAACUCGUGCGGCACCCCCUGCCGGCCGGUCGUCACCGUUAACAGCGACGGGAGCUGGAGCGUCAACCAAGAGUUCUACUCCAUGGCCCAAGCCGCCAAGGCGACCCUUCCCCGCGACGCGGGUGGCCCAUGGGGGAAGCGCAUCGGCGUGAGCGUCGGCGGCACGCUCAGCUCGGCCCUCACCGUCGGCGCGUACGUCACCGGCCGCGUCAACUCCGCAGACUGGCUGCGCUACAGCCUCGUCGUACUCAACUCGAACGACCACCCGAACGGCCCGUGGGACCCCGUGCCCGUGCAGACGACGAUCGAGUUCCGCGGGAUGCAGGCGACGUACACGUUUCCUGUGGGUGUCACGACGCUCUGGUGGUACGCACCGAACGAGGGCCAUUCGUUCGACGGCGAGUUCGCGAACGCGACUGCGACUUUUGGCGACUCGAGUGAGCCUAUCACGUUCACGGAGCAGCCUGCGGGAGACGCAGGGGUGGUCGAGGACACGGCGGUGAAGGUCGACGCAAAUGCGGAGUUCGACGAGGACGACGUACAUUAUGCGGAGAACGUGGACGAGCAGACGCGCUUGUUCAGGUUCCGCAGGCAGCUGCAGCUGUGA